AUGUCCAUUUCUUUUAUAAAAAGAUUUAUUUGCCUGAGGUGUGCUAUUGUAAUUUUAUCUACAUUUGGAUCAACAUUACUCGAUAGACCACGAACGGAAUACAACUACACUUUUUCUGUCCGGGUUGUUGCCAACUGCCCAAUGAAUAUGUCAGACUGGCAGGCUGCUGCAAAGAGGACCGGAUGUAAUGAUACUAAUGUUUACCACUGUGUUCCAGAUAAAUUUCAUUUCAAGCUCGUUGAGUUCUGUUACUACAAAACUCAAAAUCUUGUAGGAGAAGGAAACUGUCUAGAACUGGCCUCAAAUGGAAUUCUUAACCAUGUCAAGUGUAAUAACUUUACAUGGGGUUGUCCAGAAAAACCGUAUUUAAGUAAUGAAAUAUAUGUAUCGCUGAUCUUUUCUUUAGGGUUACAUUUAUGGAAACAUAAACAGAAGAAGAGAGGAACAAAAAUUUCCGGUGGCAAAGAAGGAGAUCUAGAGGAACUUCGUAAGCCAUACAAGUCUUUGAAAGUUAACGGUUUGGGUGUCAUAAACGUUAACGUUCUAUAA